AUGAUCCUCACACCUUCAUUCACUCUCCACCCCUUUUAUAUUCUCCUCCUUCUUCACUUACAUCUGUGCAUUUGCCAGAGAACCAGUAUCAAUGUUCAAUUUCAACUAACAGAGGAGUGUUCAGAAGGAACUGUAGUUGGAACACUAAGCGAAGAUAUCAGCAUUCAUGCACCACAAUUUUUGCUCAGUCCGUCACAUGGUGAAUCUUACCAAUUGUUAACAUCUACACGCCUAUUUGAACUAGAUAGCUCAUCAGGGACCAUUACAACAAAAGGAAGAAUAGACCGAGAGGAGAUAUGUCCCUCAUCUCCAAGUUCUCAUCACCUUACCAGCAGUGACACUUCAGAUAUCCCCUGUUUCAUUGAUCUGCAGGUACUUCGGCUUGAAAGCCAAACGACUAGUGGAGUACCAGAACCUCAGGUUAUUCUUGUAAAAAUUUUUAUCCUUGAUAUCAAUGACAAUGCUCCGACAUGGCAAGAGGACUCAAUCAAUAUCACAGUUCCAGAACAUACAGCUCCCGGAGCACGGUUCCAUUUACCGGUAGCUGUGGAUGCCGAUUGUGGUCCUGAAAAUACUACGUCAAGGUACUUUCUCUUCUCUACCAAUGUACCUGAUUCGGAUUAUGGCGGUUCCCAUGUUCUAGCAACAGAUAUCAAUCGUUACUUUAAAUUAGAUGCUGAAGUAGUUGAACAAAAAGACCCACAGCACUUCAUUCUUGACAGAUGGAAUACUGGAUGGAAUUUACAAGCAUGUUCAGCACCAUCUUUUCGACUUUGGCUUCAGGUCAUUGGCGAAUUGGAUUAUGAGACACCUGGUCAACUUAGCCUGAUUCAACAAAAGCAAAUUCUACCGAAGGAAAGCGAAAAAAUGGAUGUCCCGCCGAGAACUUUCACUAUGAAGUUGGUGGCAACAGACGACAGUCGAUUUUCACCAAAAACAGGAAGCGUUGUAGUUCGGGUGAGUGUAAAGGACAUUAAUGACCACGCACCUUAUUUUCUACCUCCUGAAUCGUCUUCUGUUGAUGGAAUAUAUUCUAAGCUAAGAAUGGAUGGUCCACUUCGACGAAAUUCGGUUACUAUUGAGGUUCAAGAAAAUGCGCCAUUUAAUCAAGCUGUCUAUACACCAAGAGUUAUUGAACCUGAUGUCAUUGACAGAGAAAACAUAAUUUUUUCUUUUGACAGUACCAUUGCACCAGCAGCACGCGCUAUCUUCGGAAUAAGGGAAAAAGAUGGAACUGUUUACCUCAAACAAUCCCCAGACUAUGAGAUGCAGACAUCUUACACACUUCCAAUUUUAGUUAGUGAUGGAAAGUUUCAUAAUAACCAGGAGGUUCAGGUUCGGAUUUUGAACCUUAAUGAUCAUGCUCCAACAAUCACAAUUCGGCCAGUGCGGCCUAGAAAGCAGGAGGGGGGAUCCCUGAAGCAAAAUCAGCAACAGUCUCAAAGAUACAAACCAGUUUAUCUGGAAGUGGAGGAAGACCGACCUCCUGGGUAUUUCAUUGCCACCGUCCUGCUCAGUGAUGAAGAUCAAACAAACGGACCCUCUACUUUUCCAAAUGAGGGUUCAGGAGGCUUUCAAUGCAAAUUAAGCCACGAUAGUCUCUCUCUUGAACCUCUUUUUGAAGGAUCACAGAGUCAAUUAAAGUUAUUAACCCGAGUCUCCUUUGAUAGGGAACAACUGAGCGAGCUCUUUGUGGCCUUAACCUGUCAAGACUCUGGUCAACCACCUCAAACCACAAGAGUGGACAUUAAGUUAUUGAUUUUGGAUAAGAAUGACAAUAAACCAAUGUUUAAGCACAAUCCCAUGAUUGCUAGAAUUAAGGAGAACGCACCGGUAGGCGUCAAUGUUUAUCGGCUAGAAGCUUUUGAUGCAGACGUUGGAAAGAACGCAGCUCUUGUAUACUCCAUAAGUGGAGAAGGAGCAGAGAACUUCAAAGUUGAUCCCUAUUCAGGAUUAGUCACUACAGCUACUACUCUUGAUAGAGAAAUUGUUGCACGAUUCAACCUAAUGGUCGCCGUUCGAGAUCGAGAAGGGAAUGAUAAUGGAUUGGGCGAACCCGUAAAUGAAGGAAGCGGUAUGCUGACUGUGGAAGUACUAGAUGAAAAUGACUGUGUACCGGAAUUCGAUAAACCAUUAUAUCAAUUUUUGAUCGACGAAAAUACAAAGGUUAACACCCCGGUUGGAGAGAUUAAGGCACACGAUAAUGAUGCAACACCGGAAAACAGCAGGGUGCAAAUUCACCUUGGUGAUAUUAACGACAAUGCUCCAACAUGGCUUUUCCCUCCAGAGUCGAACAUGGUGGUGAAUGUGACAAUACAUGAACCGGUGGGUCAUCAAGUUGCUCUUUUGCGAGCCAGUGAUCCAGACCUUGGUGAAAAUGGACAGAUAGUGUUCAAGAUCAUGCAUUUCUCCAUACGCUCAACUUCCUCAAUGACAGGUGAAGGUCGUAAUGAAACUCUUGCAGAAAACGAGGCAGUAAAACAUGAAAUGUUUGAGUUAGACCCAUCUACUGGAGCUCUUUAUAUUGCUCGUCAUAUGAGACCUGAUGACAUUGGCCUAGUAAAACUUCUUAUUGAGGCGAGUGACAUGGGAAAGCCAAAUAAAACUAGUCAUCGGACGAUUCUUUUCAAUAUAAUGGACUUCCAACGACCAAAGUAUAACGACAAUGGCAACAGUAAAAGUGGAGCCCAGUACACACCUGGGGGUCCAGGAUUUCAACACCAUGAUUUGGUUGUCAUUGUCGUGAUGGUAGCGGUGGCGAUAGUAAUAUCGCUUUUCCUGAUUAUCGCGAUGCUGUUCCUCCGUUGUCCUGUGUGCUUGUUCCAUGAUCGGUCAAGGAGUAACUACAAUAAUAUCCAUCAAAGUGGUGUGGGCUUUCCUGGGAAUCAGACAUUAGGACCCCAACAUGAAGCCUACUUGCCAGAAGUUUUUAGAGAUUCGCACACAAUUGGAACUCUAGGUGGAAAGGAUGGUUCAUUAAACAGCGGAGAAGAGACGUUGUUCUACCAGACAGACAGAGACAAAAUCAUCCCUUCUCGAGGGUCAGCCUCGGGAAAAAAUAUCCUCACAAUCGAUUAUGAUGGGACGCUUCAGGAUGGAACUUUGUCACAAUAUCCACAAAAUCGUCAAUUUUUCAUUCUCACAAAACCAGAUGGAAACUAUGCUGUUAGUAUGGAAGGCCCUCCGAUUGAACUCUCGACUCUUGGUAAUUUCUAG